AUGAAACUGCCACCUUUUACUAUCCUUUUAGCCGCUGUUAUUGACUCAACCUUUGCUUUCUCAAUCCCAUGGGGUUCUUCCGCACAUCAAAAGCGUUCUCAUAACCCCUUCAUCAACGAACGCGAUACGAGUGCAAUAAAAUAUGACUAUGUAGUCGUUGGCUCUGGGGCAGGAGGAGGUCCCGUCGCCGCCAAUCUCGCCGUCGCAGGGUACAAAGUUCUUCUUAUCGACGCUGGUGGUGACUCUGGCGAUGACUGGGUCGAGAAAGUCCCUGCCUUGAAUCUUCUCUCAACAGAAUUUGAAGAUACCCGAUGGAACUUCUAUGUCAAUCACUAUUCUGACUCGACCCAACAAAAACGCGACUCCAAGAUGACUUACAAGAAGCCUGAUGGUAGCCUCUAUGUAGGUCUUGAUCCUCCAAAAGACGCAAAGCCAUUAGGUGUGCUGUAUCCCCGUGCCGGUACGCUUGGUGGAUGCACACGCCAUAACGCCCUGAUCACAGUAGCUGCUCACGAUAGUGACUGGGCCAACAUUGCCGCUCUGACAGGCGAUGACUCUUGGAACCCGAAGAACAUGCAGUCGUACUUCAAAAAGUUGGAGAAGAACAUGUACUUGCCAAGCAGCAUCAUUGGACACGGCUUCAAAGGCUGGCUUGGCACCUCCCUCACUUCCCUCACCUUGGUUGUGGAAGACCUCAAGUUCUUGUCUCUGGUGAUUUCUGCAGCUUCAGCAACGGGUAAGAAUCUUGUGGGAUUGAUACUUGGCACUGUGACUGGUCUUGGUCAGAUUUUACUUCGUGACAUCAACGCCCCAGGUCAAACAAGCAACACUGGGCUUUAUCAAGUUCCACUUUCCAUGGUCGAUUCAGUGCGCGGUGGUCCACGAGACUUCAUCCUCGAUACAGCUAACGCUGUGAACAAGGAUGGAACUCGAAAGUACCAUCUCGAUAUCAAGCUUGAUACUCUAGUCACCAAGAUUCGAUUCGAUACCAGCGGCUCCAAGCCCCGUGCUGUGGGCGUCGAUUACCUAGAAGGUCCCAGCCUCUACCGCGCCGAUCCUCGCUCUGCAUCUACCAAACCAGGCGGAUCUGGCAUCGUUGAAGCUAAACGCGAAGUCAUCGUCUCUGCUGGUACCUUCAACACUCCUCAGCUACUCAAGCUCAGCGGCAUUGGGCCCAAGAAGGAACUCGACUCCUUCGACAUACCUGUACUAGUCGACCUGCCUGGAGUUGGAACGAACAUGCAGGAUCGAUACGAAGCCACUGUAAUUGGAAAGACUGACAGCGACUUUGCCAUUACCUCGAAAUGUACAUUCAUGAGGACUCUGCCAGAUCCCUGCCUAGAGCAGUACAAGAAAGGCCUCGGUCCAAUUACCAAGGGAGUAUAUGCAACCAACGGAAUCGCUCUUGGAGUGGUGCUGAAGUCUUCGGUAGCGGGUGAUGAACCUGAUCUAUUCAUCUCUGGCGCUCCAGCCAAGUUUAAAGGAUACUUCCCUGGUUACGCUUCCGACUCUCUUGCUGAUGCUCGGCACUGGGCCUGGAUCAUUCUCAAAGCUCAUAGCCGCAACAAUGCCGGUACCGUCACCCUGAAAUCCACCGACGCAAGAGACAUGCCAAUUAUCAACUUCAACUCCUACGAUUCGGGCGUUAAUGAAGUAGGGGAAGGCGACAAAGAUCUCCAGGCCACAUACGAAGGAUUCCAGUUUGCUCGCAAGGCAUUUAAAAGCCUUAUUCCUCUCGAUGGGGACUUCCCUGAAGUUUGGCCAGGAAAUAAUGCCACGAAUGAGAAACAAGCAAAACAGUUUAUAAAGGAUGAAGCCUGGGGUCAUCAUGCUUCGUGUACCUGUCCCAUUGGCGCUGAUACCGAUCCAAUGGCUGUUCUGGACUCUCAAUUCAGAGUGAGAGGUACUGAAGGGUUGCGAGUUGUGGAUGCCAGCGUGUUCCCUACAAUUCCAGGUUUCUAUAUCGCCCUACCACUGUACAUGGUUGCAGAGAAGGCUAGCGAUGUGAUUAUUCAGUCAGCACGACAAGUUUGA